AUGAGGGGUGCCAAUCAAGACACGGCGACGCCGUAUUGUCGUUGCCGGGUUCUUUACCUGGGCAGUUCCGUGCCCCAUGCUAGUAAAGAGGGUCUGCUUGGCGUUCAGGAGCCGCUAAGGGAACUCUAUCCGGAACAGGGCGCUCUUGGGGCGCGUGGAAUAGACUCGUGGUUGAGCGUGUGGAGCAACGGUCUCCUGUUGGAGAACGUAGACGAGCACCGUAAAAAGGUCACCAGAUUCUUUCCGAUCGAGGCGCUUCAUUACUGCGCCGCGGUCAGGCACGUAAAAGGCGGAAGCGGAGACUCGUCGAACACAAGGUUCCUGCCCCUGGACUCGCCGUUCGCUAGGACACCCAGUGCAAAUCAUCCGCCCCUUUUCGCCGCUGUAUUGAGAAGGACGACCGGCAUCAAGGUUCUAGAAUGUCACGCGUUUAUCUGCAAACGAGACAUGGCGGCCAACGCCCUGGUCAGGUGUUGUUUCCACGCGUACGCGGACAGCAGCUACGCGAAGGGUCUGGACCCCACCACGGUAACAACGAACGGAGUGACAACUGGUCAUCCAUCGAACAACAGCCUCUAUCAUACCCUCGGGGGUUCCAGCACCACCCUGGAUAGUCCGCAGGCGAAUCGUUUGGACAGCACCUCAACGGAUGAUCUGAGUCUCUACAACGGCGACGAGAAUCACAAGGUAUGGGCAAGGGGUCGCGACGAGGUAGACGGUGUAUACCAGGAACAAGGGACCCUGCGAAGCACAAAGGGUUCGAGACCCCGUCAGCUAGUCGCUCCACCGCCACCACCACCCCCACCACCUCCCCCUUCACAGCCCUUGCUUCUCGAAGAGUCCUCGUCGUCUUCCGUUCGCAGGAAAGCGAACAAGAAGCUGAAAAAGCUGAAGAACAGAAGUCACGAGGAUCCACUGCAGCAACCGCAUAUUCAUCAUCAGCUCCACCAAGGAAUCUACACCAACGGCCAUGGGCAUCAUACCCUGGGUCACCCGGUCAGACAACAACACCAUUAUCCUCAUCCUCUGCCACCCAGUAGUCGAUCCGUUGCCGGUACCCUAGCCAGACCAGCGCCAGUUCUCUUGGUACCAGCGGCAACGCUACCCAGGAAGGCGCAUCAUCAUCCGAGAGGACUCAGGCCUAUCCCAGCAGCCGCUCCAAUUGUCCCAGUGUACGCUCCGCUCCCGGUGGUGCCCCCUCCACCAGCAGCGGCCAUGUACCCGGCUGGAACGUACGGGACAGCUGGGAACAGAGGCAGAAGACAACACCCCGAUGGCGGAGACACUUCGACUCUCGGAGCGUCCAGAAGAUUAGCCGCGUCCCACGCUGACCUAACGACAGCGGAAAUGAAUCGUGCGGCCGACAGUCCGGAGAACGAGUCCCGUUUUGGUACCGGGAUCUAUCGACGGAAGGGUCAUCUGAACGAGAGGGCAUUUUCUUACAGCAUCCGAGCGGAACACCGUAGCAGAAGCCACGGCAGUCUAGCAUCCCUGGGCUUCAGUGCUCAGAAUGGGAACGCUUUGCCCAAGGAGGAGAAGAAGGACCGAGAAAUAGCUCAACUGGUGGCAGGUCUGAACCUGGACGACAGUCCAGAAAGAACGCUACCACCGGCGAACUCCAGGACUGGAUACUCUCAUCAUCAACAACAGAUGCAGCCGUUGCCCAGGCCCCGGCCCCGUUAG